AUGUCUUGGUACUCUCCAUGGGAAGAAAAAGGCCGAAGGCUACGAAAAUGGAUCGACCGCGACCAUGAACCAGGAUGCCCAUACCCGAUAUCCACAUUUGCUGUAACAUAUAAGCCUCCACAUCGGGACUAUGCCGUCGCCCACGAAUAUGGAUGGUUGGAUCCAACGUGGGACCGUUUUAUGUACCCUAUUGAUCUAUCGGACGACCUUAAUUACAUACAUAUCGAGGGUCUACGAGGCCCACCGGUGGGCUGGGAAGGACGCACUGGACAAGGGGUAGUGUUCCUUGACUGGAUCCGCCGAUCUAGGCGAAGUACUGCUCCACACAUAUCGGAAUUUACUAAGGCUGCCUAUGAGAUGGAAUUCCCCCUUGAAACCCUGAGAUAUGUAUUUGUGACUGACAUUUCCGAAACUGACACAGUGCAACUUGUUCGCGAUGAACUGUAUAGAUCUCAAGGGCUUCAAUACCCUAACAAUAACUUGGAGACCUGGACGCCUGGACCUGAGUAUGAUGCUCUGCUGGGUACUCCAAUAGGUAAGACCGUUGCCGCCUUUGUUUUGUGUGCGUGGGGCCAAGGUAUAAAGAGAAUCGCAAGGAUUGUUACUUUCCACGAUGGUCAACACCUUCAGCGGUUGAACAUGCGAUUUGAUAUUGAGGUCAUUCUGAGGUAG